AGAUGGACUUGCUACCACUUCCCUCUUCAUGAAUUUUCGUUCUGCAUGCUUGCAUAUCCUUCUGGCUUUAUAGUCACAUUUGAAAACUUGACCAUCUUUUUGGGCACAGUUCAAUGGCUGAAGAGAUGCUUCACUCCAAUAAAAAGAAAAUGAAAACUUUUCAAGAGCAUUCAUAGGCUUUGAGCCAAGCAGAGAGCACUUCGUUCCUGAGAUCUGCUAGUUGUUCCAUGAGGAAGUGACAACCAGGACGUCAGUACCAUGGAUGUGGUAGGCGAAAACGAGGCCCUCCAGCAGUUCUUUGAAGCUCAAGGUGCCAAUGGCAGUCUGGGGAACCCCGCCCUGGAUACAAGUCUACUGGAGGAGUUCUUGGGCAAUGAUUUCGAUUUGGGAGCCUUGCAAGGCCAGCUCCCAGACACCCCGCCCUACUCCGCAUCAGAUUCCUGCUCUCCUCCACAGGACAAAGGUGCGUGCUGUCCGACCCUGACACCAGCUGCCCUCCUCCCUUCGGCAAAUGCACCUGGGAUCCUGCCUGCACACCAGUCUCACACCUCGUCUGAAAUGAGCAACUCCGGCCAUCCCCACAGCGCCUUUCACAGCUGCUACCCAGACGCCAGUCACCUUGUGAGCCCCCUGGACCAGUCUGGGGGAAUUGGUUGUUCUUACCAUCAGCAGCCUCUGUGCCACAGUCCUGGAGUCUCAUUGCCUCCAACCAAGAAGAGAAAGUGCACGCAGGUGCUGGAGGACUCCGGGGACUGUCACGUGUGGACCCACCGCUCCAGACCCAUGACAGGUAGGAGUCACAGCAUCGAAGUGCAAGACCUUGACAGUGAGAGACAGAACAUGAUUCUUGCGGACCAGCCUUCUCCUGCUUUGAAGUGGCAGCCAUACCGAAGUGUUCCUUGGCAUAGCUUAUUAAACAGUCAAUAUGAAAAACUACCCAAUGUAGGCUAUCGAGUUGUCACAGACAAAGGAUUUAAUUUUUCGCCAGCAGAUGAAGCUUUUGUUUGCCAAAAGAAGAACCAUUUUCAGAUCACCAUCCAUAUUCAAGUUUGGGGAAGUCCAAAAUUUGUCAAAACCCAAAUGGGUCUAAAGCCAAUAGAAAUGUUUUACUUGAAAGCCUUUGGGGUUAAGGUAGAAGCCACCAAUCAAAUAAUUGCUAUUGAACAGUCCCAAGCAGACAGAAGCAAAAAGAUUUUCAAUCCUGUUAAGUAAGAACUUCUUUUCUGAAAUCUCUUGUGAACAUCUUUUGGGAAGAAAAUCUAUUGCCAAAUUUACUUUAUUUUAAAAGAAUUCCACGAUACAGACUAAACUAGUAAUAAUGUGAGGAGAAAGGGACAAGAGAGGAUGAGACGAUACUUCAUGUUGGUGGUUGGACUGUAUGCUGCUAACCAAGACCAGUUCUACCUGUUGUCUGCCCACAUCUCUGAACGGAUCAUUGUAAGGGCCUCCAACCCUGGGCAAUUUGAAAAUGACAUUGAUGCAUUAUGGCAGCGAGGACAAGUUCCAGAGUCUAUCGUUUGUCACGGGCGAGUGGGCAUAAACACAGAUGCACCGGACGAAGCCCUGGUUGUCUGUGGCAACAUGAAAGUGAUGGGGUCGAUUAUGCAUCCCUCUGACAGCCGGGCAAAGCAGAAUGUCCAGGAGGUUGACACAAACGAACAGCUGAGAAGAAUAGCCCAAAUGAGGAUUGUUGAAUAUGACUACAAGCCUGAAUUUGCGUCUGCGAUGGGGAUAAACACUGCCCAUCAGACAGGAAUGAUCGCCCAGGAGGUGCAAGAGAUCCUGCCCAGAGCUGUGAGGGAGGUCGGCGAUGUCACCUGUGAAAACGGAGAGACGUUGGAGAACUUCCUCAUGGUGGAUAAGAUUCGUUCCUGUUCCCGUGUUAAGGAGUCUGCCAUUUCCUCACUAGCCGAUGCUUCGGUUAUGAUUGGAGGGGUUCUCUCAGAUCACGUCUGCUAA